AUGGCCCCACUCUUGCUCUACUGGGAUUUCUACUCGUCCUACCUCAAGUGCUCGCUCAACCUCGUCCUCGCCCGACUAUACACACCCCAGAACCCUCCGCAGCGCGAUCUCACCGGCCAAACCGCAAUUGUAACCGGAUCAAACAGCGGCAUUGGACUGUGCAUCGCCAUUCGACUAGCCCGACAGGGCGCAACCGUCUACCUGGCAUGCCGAAACCAAGCAAAAGGCGAUGAAGCCGUCGCCCACAUCAGAUCGCAACUGGGCUCCUCGGGCAAAACCGCAAACAUCUUCUGCUGGACCCUCGACGUAAGCGACAUGGACAGCGUCCGCACCUUUUGCUCCCGCUGGCGCACCCAAGGCACCCCCAUCGACAUGCUCGUGCACAACGCGGGCAUCCCAGACGUGACGGGCUCGCAGCGCCGCUACGACGAAAAAGGCCUCGACAUCAUCUACGUCACAAACCUCCUCGGCUCCUUCCUCAUGACCUCCCUCCUCGAACCCCUUCUCAGUCCCUCGUCCCGCACAGUCUUUACCAGCAGCGUCAGCUCUUACCUCGCCCGCGACACGGUCCUCCUGCCGCGACCCCCACGGCCCGACCACGCAAAGAGCAACGUCGUCGCGCGCCUCUGGCACCGCACCCGCGCCGCCCUGGGUCUGCGCGACAGCGCGGCCCUAGUCUACGGCCAGACCAAGGCGCACCAGAUCCUCCUGGCCACUCUGCUGCAAAACCACUUGGACGCCUCCUAUCCCGACAACAAGAGGACCGUCCACGCCUUCUCGCCGGGCUUCACGCAAAGCCCCUUGUUCAAAAAAUACGACAUGAGCUGGCGCACGCUGCUGUACGAUCCCGCCUUUUCCUUCUUGUACUACACCGAGACGGUGGUGGCGACGGACACGGAUGAGGGCGCUAAGACGGGCGCAUGGCUGGCGGCGUGUGGGGGCGAGGACGGCGUCCAGCGAGGCAAGUACUGGGAGUGCAUGGAGAGCGAGAUGACUGUGGUCGAGUAUUGGAGGGAGAAGCUGGGCGAGGACAAGUUCAAGGAGGUGGCGAGGCGGAUUUGGAAGGUGUGGGAGGAAGAUGCGGGGUGUGAGUGGGAUAUCAAGUUUUAAAAAAAAAAUUACCCCCACCCUCUUCCUUAUGAGCGGUGA